CUCAGAAGAAGAUCCAUAUGAAUUGAUAGAAAAGUCAAUUAAGAAAUUGGAGAUUAUUAUUUGUAACAAAUAUAAUAACGACAGAGGACAAAAUAGCUGAAUUUAGAAUAAAGGCAAUAAACCUGUAUUGAACAAAGAAGUUGGGAUACCUUAGAUGCUGUUACAGGCAGGCAGAGGCAUUUGGAUAUAUUGUUUGGUUUCUGCUUGUCUUUAUGAUUUAUUGUGUUGUGGAGGGAAAUCAAUAUAUAUGCGAGUACAUACCAUGUGAUAAGUCCUGAGAAUACAACAAAAGGGGAAAGACAAUCCAGCUCCUCAAGCAGUUUCCUUUGUUGUCCUUGGUACUGGUGAAGGACCAAAAUGAUGGGUCAAUGUACACUGUGUGUGACCAGACUGAUAUGAGCUCACAAAGUUUUAUCACAGGUUGGGCACAAAUUUGAGAAUGUCCCAUUUCUUUUGAGUGACUGUGAUUCUGCUUUGCUCAGAGAGCACAGUGCUUUUGAUGUGGGGAAGCCAGGUGAGACAGCUCUGGGCUGGUAUAUCUUCCAUAUCUCACAAUGAAUACCAAAGUUCUUCAGAGACACCUUGAGAAUAUUCUUGUAUCACUUCUUCGGCCCUCUGUGUGAGCACUCGUGAGUUCUCCAUAAAUAUUCUUUUGAACAAACCUCUGCCUGGCAUUCGAAUGGUGUGUUCUGCAAAUGCUUAGCAGUUCAGCUUGAGAAAAGAUGUCAGGUAUCCAGUCUCUUAUUUUGCCAGGUGAUCUUCAGAAUUUUCCUAAUUCAUGCAGAAGUGUUUUGUUUCCUGGCAUGGCACUGGUGGACUGUCUGGGUUUCAUAAGCAUAUACCAAUGAGGUCAGCACAGCAGCUCUGUUGCCCUCAGUAUGGCAGGCAAACUCUCUCAUGCUUUCCUUUAGAAUUUGAAAACAUUGAGUUGGCUCUGCAAUCUGUAUGUUAACAGCACCAUCCAUGUGCACAACAUUGAAAAACAGACUUCCAUGGUAAAUGAAUAUAUUCCCAGCAUUCCAUAUUUCUCCCUUUGCUGUAUAUAACCAGUGGUUCCUCAUUUAGAUAGUGAGUUCCUCAUUUAGAUACUGACUGGGGGAGAGCCUCCUUCUGGUUUCACAAGGGACGGAGAAUCGAUCUCCACUCUGUAUAGGUCAGCUUCAAAGGCUGCACUGAGUGCAAAAUCACCUGCAAACAAAAAGUCACAUGCCGACUUUUCUUCCAAUUUAGGGAAAUAAUUUGGUAUCACCAUGGUAGCUGACUGAUGCCAUUUUCAUCCUUGCUGAAAAUGUCUGAGAACAUCACUGACAGCAUCAUGCUAAAAAGGAUGGGAACAAGCACACAGAUCUGUUUGACUCCACUGGUGACUAGGGAAGCACAAGAGCAUCAUCCAUUAUCCAGGACCCUUGCAAGCAUGCUGGCAUGAAACUGGCAUACAAUAUUGAUGGACUUCUCCAGGCAACCACAUUUCAUCAUCAUUUUCCACAAGCCCUCAUGACCGACAGUAUCAAAAGCCUCGAUUGAAUCAAAGAAUAUCCUAUACAGAUCUUUGUUCUGCUCCUGUCAUUUCUCCUGGAAUUGUCCAGCAGUAAACACCACAUUGGCGUUCCUCAGCCCUUUCUGAAUCCACACUGUCUCUCAGGGGGAUGACUAUUUUCCAGGUGAAGAAUCAGCCCAUUAAGGAAGACUGACUGGCAUACUUUUGCUGGUAGUGUCUGAGGGAGAGACUGCUUUGAUUGUCACAGAACAACCUAUUUCCUUUUCCUUUAUAGAAAUGUAUACUUUUUGUCUAUAUUUUGCAAUAUGCAAAAUUGCAUAAUAUUUUUGAUGUAUUCUGUAUCUCCAGGGGGAUAACCUCUUGCCAUGUAACCUGGACGAUUUCCGUCAGCUUUUAUGUUAGCAGUGGAUCCUUUGCCUUGUAAAUGUCUUCUGGAAUGGAAUCUGUAUCAAGCACUUUGCCACAUAAGAUCUCAGUGGAAUUCAAAGAUAAUCUUCCAGGUAAUCACACCUACUUUGGUAAUGUAAUCACACCUGCCUAGCCUGUGCAUAGCUUGCUUCCAAGCUGUCCUUUCCCAGGCAUUCUGGCCUGCUCAAUCUGCACUCAGUUUGCAGUAAUUCAUGUCAUUCUGACCCGGCACAAAUCCCCACUUCAGUCUGCUCUUUGGCCAGCAGAGGCUGGGAAGCUUCGGAGACUGAGAUGUUAUGAGAACAGAAUGUGCAGGAAUGAUAAGCUCCCUGCCCAGAUCGGAGGAGAGACAGUUUGUCUGGAAAUGCUAAAGUUUCUCCUUGAACCCAACUUUCCCCUAGUUCCUUCAUACACUGACUGGUUUACCUACUUUCUCUUUUCAUUUGUGUUUCCUUAGCCAUAUUGUGGUUAGAAAGCAUUUAAGGGUCAAUCAAUGAUAAUAAAGCUCUCUAUGUUAUUCUUGUCACUACUUCACUUUGGAGGAAUGCUGGAAGUCUGUUUGUCUUUCUGUCGCUUUUCAUGGCCUCUGUGAGAGCCAGAACAGCUGGUCUGAUUUCUGGCAUUUUCACAGGUUGUGCAUUCUACAGUAAAAGUUUCUGAGGGGAAAUUUCCUUGAAGCUUAGAGUGAGGAGAAUGUUGAGAGAUUUCUGGAGACUUAGUCUGCCUCCUGACAAAGCUGCCCCAGGGCUUGAUUUGUUAUUUUUGGGGACCAGUGAAAGAGUCAGUAUAGAGGUGUCUAUUCUUCAUUCUGGCUAAGUCUCAGCCCUUGGGAAUUCCGGUCUUUUUUGGGGUCCUCUUGUUUUGUCCUAGGAAGGCAACUGCUUUACCCCUUUAUCUUUGCUUCUCUAUAUUCAUUUUGUGGUAAUUUCCUAUCUGUUCAUGGAGACUCUGGAGCUCUGCCAUCUUCUCAGAAUGCAUCAAAGUAACUAUUUUAAUUUCACCAUCUUCUGAUUUUGAAUCCAGAUCUUCUGCAUACCAUUGAAGUAAUCUAUGGGUGGAUUCUUACUAUUCCUUUUCGUCAUCUGUAGCAGCAGCAGCAGCAAGUUUCCUAUUUGUGGACUUUGUAUUAAAGUUGGCCUUUAGGCCCAAGGUGUUGGGGAUAUCUCAGGCCUAAUUCAGGUUUUUUUGUGCUGUCAUUCUCGUCUCCUGAGCCACGUAUCAUGAGCAUAUGCUAUUGCUCCCUCCAGUUUCUUAAGGCUGCAAAUUUCAGCUCACCCCUCUCCCUUACAAUCCAAAUCCGGGACUCAGAGAGUGACCACCACCAGCAGCUUUCCCUUUGACCAUAUUCGUGUAAUUCUGACUUGGAAUGACAUCACCCCUCCUCCCCCACAGCCACAGCCAGAGACCAGAUGUGGUCAUCUCACCUUGACCAGAGGAUCUUGUCAUCUUCCCAUGGUCAUCUUUCCAAAACCUACUUUGUCCUUCAGGCAGCACUUCCUGAAGUUGAAAGCUGCCUUCCAGGCUUAUCUUUUGUCACUUCUUAGCCUCUGCCCCAGAAGUAUCUGCACUUCAACCAGUUCAAAGCAGUAACUUGGGGUUGUAGCAGCUCUUUUUGUGGUGGCAAAGAAUUGGAAAGUGAGUAGAUGCCCAUCAACUGGGAAAUGGCUGAAUAAGUCAUGUUGCGUGAAAGUAAUGGAAUAUUAUUGUUAUAAUAAAUAUGACAAAUAAGCUGAUUUUAUAAAGGCCUGGAAAGAUUUAAAUGAACUGAUGCUGAGCAAAACUAAUACAACCAUGAAUAGGCCUGUCUGCCUGAAUUUUUGAUUUCCUUCACGGGCUAAUUGUACACUAUUUCAAAGUCCAAUUCUUUUUGUACAGCAAAAUAACUGUAUGGACAUGUAUACAUAUAUUGUAUUUGACUUAUACCUAACAUAUUUAACAUGUAUUGAUCAACCAGCCAUUUGGGGAAGGGGGGGAAAAAUUGGAACAAAAGGUUUGGCAAUUGUCAAUGCUGUAAAAUUACUAAUGCAUAUAACUUGUAAAUAAAAAGCUAUAUAAUUAAGAAGAAAAGAAAAGAAAAAGAAAUGACCAGCAGGAUUUUAGUGACGCCUGGAGAGACUCAUAAGGAACUGAGGCUGAGUGAAAUGAGCAGGACUAGGAGAUCAUUAUAUACUUCAAUAACAAUACUGUAUAAGGAUGUACGCUGAUGGAAAUGGAUCUCUUUGACAAAGAGAAGAUCUAAUUCAGUUCCAAUUGAUCAAUGAUGGACAGAAUCAGUUACACCCAGAGAAGGAACACGGGAAACGAGUGUGGACUACUUGCAUUUUUGUUUUUCUUCCCAGGUUAUUUUUACCUUCUGAAUCCGAUUUUUCUUGUGCAAAAAGAGAACUGUAUGGAUCUGUGCACAAAUGUUGUAGCUAAAAUAUACUUACAUGUUUAACAUGUAUGAAACUGUCCGCCAUGUAGGGGAGAGGGUGGAAGGGAAAAGUUGGAACAGAAGUGUUUGCAGGGGUCAGUGUAGAAAAAUUUCCCAUGCGCAUGUUCUGUCAAUAAAACGGUAUUAAAAAAAAAAGAUGCUUGUUGGAGAUGCGGGGGGAGGGUCGGUGUGGGAAAGCCCGAGGCCGCGGUUUGCUGGCGAGGGGAAAGCCUGAACCUGAAGUCCGGAGUCAGGGGGUUGGAGAGGAGGGAGGGGAAGUGGGGGGAGGGGAGGGGAGCCGGGCUCAGCUCGGGGCUUUCCCUGCGUCACUUUCUGUCCCCUAAUCCCGCCUUGGCGGGGGCGGGGACUUGGUGGCUGUCAGCGAGCGUCAGCGCGUUAAGCGGAACAGGGCCGUCAGGCCUGGAGCUUUAGGGGCUGAACCACAUACCCCCUAAUGUACCAUGUGUCAGCGGCGUUCUUCCGUCUCUGCGCUACUGAAGCUACAGGAGACACUUGUAUCCCUACCUGCCUGUUAAAGAAAAUUCCCGGGCUCGCGGCCCUGUAGCCCCGCCCCCUCACUCCUGCGGGCCGCCCUCCCCGCCCCUCCCUUCUCCCCCCUCCCCUCGUGAUUCAGCCUCGGGCCAUCCCGAGAACCGCAGAACAAAGCCACGCGAGAUUGACUUCCCCGAAAAAUUGCUAGGAGAAGUGAAGCGGCGGGGAACCUGGGGGCGGGACAGCGGCCGCGGCGUCUUUUCUGAUUGGCUCAAAGGUCCAGGCGUGGCAGGAAGGAGCCUACGUGUGUGAACGGGGCGAAUUCCCUUUUCCUCCAGUGCAGCCCGCUGAGAAGCGGCGUUGUCUGCGAAUGCCCCGCCUCCGGCAGCCAGCCAAUGGGGGGUCGCCCAGCCCUGUGAGCGACACUUCGGACCAGGAAGUUCCUCCUAGAUCCUCUAUCCCGGAGCCUUCUGGAGGCCAGGGAAGUGUCUGUACCGCUCGUGCAGCAGCGCCGUCCUGGGUGCGGCACAAGCUCAGCCUUUAGAGACCCCACAUGCCGGGUACAAGGAAGAGGAGGGCCAUCCUGGCCCCUACGUUCCUCACCAUUAGGCUCCGCCAGGGAUCGGUGACAUUCCAGGAUGUGGCUGUGGACUUCACCCAGGAAGAGUGGGGCCUCCUGGACCCCUCUCAGAAGGAGCUUUACUGGGACGUGAUGCUGGAGAACUACAGGAACCUGGUCUGCCUGGGUCUUGUGGAGUCCAAUGGGGACAUGAUCUCUCAGCUGGAGUCAGGGAGAGCACAUGGAAUUCCCAUGGAUAGUGUCUCAAGAGCUUGCUGGUUAGAUGGGGGCACUAGGCCUCAGACCAAAGAGUCCACUCCAAAGUUAAGUGUUUCUAUGAAAGACUUAUCCCAAAUGACAUCCUUAUGGGAUAGCCCUUGCACCUCUGAGGUAGGAAAAGCCUGGCAGUAUUAUGGCAAGUUCAAGAAAGAGCAAAAUAAUGAAAAGAAACAUUUUAGACGAGGAAAAGAAAUCCAAACAGAAGCUAUUGUUGAAGUCAGAGCCUCUGAAUCCUGUACAUACAGCCAAACCUCCAGGCCAAAGCCAGUCCUUACUCUACAGCAGAGAUCUCAUGUGGGAAAAGAGUGCUCUGAAUUGACUCCAUGUGAGAAGCCAUCCUGUCAGAAGGCAGAUCUGACUCAACAUUCCAGUAUUAAGAGUCAAAAACAAACCUAUCAAUGCAGUGAAUGUGGAAAGGUCUUCUGGAAGCAAGGAAACCUUACACAGCACUACAGAAUUCACACUGGAAAGAAACAUUUCAAAUGCAGUGACUGCGGAAAGGCCUUCCUCCACAAGAGAACUCUCAUAGAGCAUCGUAGGAGUCACACUGGAGAAAAACCUUUUAAAUGCAGUGAUUGUGGGAAAGCCUUUUCUUUGCGUUCCACUCUGAUUCGACAUCUGAGAACUCACACUGGAGAAAGACCCUAUGAAUGUAGUAAAUGUGGCAAGACAUUCCGAUCAAGCUCCACCCUGAAUGAGCAUUGGAUCAGUCAUAUGGGACUAAAACCUUAUCAGUGCAGUGUAUGUGGGAAGGCGUUCUCUCAGAAGUCUAAUCUUGCUGAUCAUAGUAGUGUUCAUACUUUUGACAAACCAUAUGAAUGCAGUCAAUGUGGAAAGUUCUUUCGGAAGAAAGCAUAUCUUACCCAGCACUACAGAAUUCACACUGGAGAGAAACCGUUCAAAUGCAGUGAUUGUGGAAAGGCCUUUUACCAGAAGAUAGAUCUCAUACAUCAUUGUAGGAUUCACACUGGAGAAAAACCUUUUAAAUGCAAUGACUGUGGGAAAGCCUUUUCUGUGCACCCAAGUCUGAUUCGACAUCAGAGAAUUCAUACCGGAGAGAAACCCUAUGAAUGCACCGAAUGUGGGAAAAUGUUUCCAUGGCGCCGAAGGCUGAUGCGCCAUCAGAGAACUCACACUGGAGAGAAACCCUACAAAUGCACCGAAUGUGGGAAAGCCUUUCUUUGCAACACAACUCUGACUAUACAUCAGAGAACUCACACGGGAGAGAGACCCUAUGAAUGUAGUGAGUGUGGGAAAUCAUUUCGAUCAAACUCCAGCCUGAGGGUGCACCAGAAAACUCAUGCAGGAGUAAAACCUCAUCAGUGCAGCGUAUGUGGAAUGGCGUUCACUCAGAAGUCUGCUCUCAACACUCACAGCACUAUUCAUACUGGAGAGAAACCACAUGAAUGCGCUGAAUGUGGGAAGACCUUCCGCCUGAAACACUUACUCAGAAAGCACUGCAACACUCAUACUGCAAAGGAAGCCUUUUAAAAUGCAAUGAAUGGGAGAAAGCCUUUCUGUGGAGCAUAGCAUUGAUUAUACAUCAGAGAACUCAAAUGGAGAGAGACCUUAUGAGUGUAGUGAGUGUGGGAAGACAUUCUGAUCUAGCUCCAGCCUGACUCAGCCCCAGAGAACUCACAUGGAACUAAAACCUCAUCAAUGCAGCAUGUGCGGGAAGCUGUUCUCUCAGAAGUCUGAUCUUACUAAUCACAGCAGUAUUCACACUGGAGAGAGACCAUAUGAAUGCACUGAAUGUGGGAAGAUCUUUUGCCGGAAAUCAGAUCUUACACAACACUUCAGCAUUCACCCUGUAGAGAAACCUUUCAAAUGCAAUAAUGGUGGGAAAGCCUUUUUCUGUAGCAUGGCAUUGACUCAACAUCAGAGAAUUCACACGGGAGAGAAACACUCCAAAUGCACUGAAUAGAGGAUAGCCUACACCCUGAAUUCAGGGCUUUCCUGAUAUCAGAGAAUACAUGACAGAGAGAAAUCCUAGGAAUAUAAUUAAUGGGGGAAAGAAGUCCCUCUGAUGAAAGCACAUCUUCAAUACUCUAGAACUCAUGAUGGAGAAAAACCUUGUUAAUUUAAUCAUGGAAGAAAAACACUAGUGGGCUGAUCCAGAUUAAAAUAUAAUUUGGAAAUAUUUAUGAAAAUAAGUACACAAUAAAACAAAAGAUGUUA